CGUACCUUUUGGGAAACCUACACAAACCUGCCAAAUAACUCGGUUACUCAAUGAAAAAUCUGCUGGCGAAAAACGAAAGAAAUGCUUAGAGAUAAGCACGCAUUUGGUGGCGAAGAGUUCCUGGCCCGAAAUACAAGCGCGAGGAGGUCGAAGUCAACACACUCAGCCAGCACUCUCGAAUACGGGAAUUCCCAGUGGAUAAGCAAACUUGGAGGCCUUUUCCGUCAGAUGAACGAAACCAUAACAACUGCGAUUACGUAUACUGCUUAUUGUGUCAUUGGCACGCGGGAUGGUCAAACGAAUAAGCAGCUAGGAAAAAGUCCAUUAGACACCCAAAAGUGAAACUCGCACUGGGCGAGCUCCGUUUCACUUAACAUUCUUAUCACAUGUCAGCCAUAAUGCUUGUUUAUUUUUAGCGGUUCGCAAGAAACAGAUAUGAGAAUCGGGCAGAUAGUAGCCAUGUUUCCCAAGACGUAAGCCUCUCUUCAUUGCCUGCCGCUGAUUGCGCCCUGACACACUUUUGGGAGUCUCAAUCAACAAACAAUUGAACAUUUUUUAUCAAAAUCUCUGGGGAAUCGGGCCAGUCUCCAAUAAACAAAGGGGAAAAAUGUUUCGAUUGAUCCCCAUUGUCUGGCGCGAUUAAAGGGGUGCGGCCUUUAAAAUGGAACAUCAGAAGCAGGUUCUUACAAAGCCUUUUGGAUGUCGAGCUUUUUAUUUUGUAUUUGGUGUAUAAGCGACCGGCAAACAAGAUUUAAUGGCGUUAAAUCUGACUAAAAUCGUGGUUAUAAUCAAUUUAUUAACACUCUUAAAAGGCGUCACUCGUGACUUUUUGUCCCAUGUUUAGUUAUUAAAAAAUCAACCGUGAUUUUGGAAGCCUAUUAAAAGAUCUAUGCUCAGUUGACUGACUUACAUCAAAUAAUUAAGCGAUGUCAUAAUAAACUACUACCAACGGCAUAAACCAAAUUCGUUUUCAAAGUCUUUAUACCUCCAAAUAUUAAACAUGGAGGAUGAUUCAAAUUGGUAUCGUGCCGAGCUGGAUGGGAAAGAAGGCCUCAUACCCAGUAAUUACAUAGAAAUGAAGAAUCACGAUUGGUAUUAUGGACGUAUCACUCGUGCCGAUGCCGAAAAGUUACUGUCAAACAAGCACGAAGGUGCCUUUUUGAUACGCAUCAGCGAAUCCAGUCCCGGCGAUUUCUCCUUAUCAGUCAAAUGCCUCGAUGGUGUUCAGCAUUUCAAGGUUCUGCGCGACGCCCAAAGCAAAUUCUUUCUCUGGGUGGUCAAGUUCAACUCCCUCAACGAACUGGUCGAAUAUCAUCGGACGGCGAGCGUAUCCCGGUCGCAGGAAGUCAAAUUGCGUGAUAUGAUACCUGAAGAGAUGCUCGUGCAGGCGCUGUACGAUUUUGUGCCACAGGAAUCCGGGGAAUUGGACUUCAGACGCGGCGAUGUCAUCACCGUCACAGACCGCUCCGAUGAGAACUGGUGGAACGGCGAGAUCGGCAAUAGGAAAGGAAUCUUCCCAGCAACUUAUGUGACGCCAUAUCAUUCAUAAUAAGAUAACUUCUAAGGAGGGACGCCACCACACCCUCUUCCCUUCAUCGCAGAAAACACAACACUCCCCCUCAACGGUUAGGCAGCAUCAUCAGUAAUUGCAAAUAACAGCAAGAAGGCACUAAAAACGAUUGCAUUUUUUACGUUUUGACGUUUUUUGAUAAAACAAUACAUUACGAUACCAUUACGAAAUCGUUUCAUAGCAACUGAGUGACACUUAAAACUAGAUAUGUACAUUUAUUUGUGUAAACAUAGCAGCGGACGAAUAAAGAGCACUUGAUCCGAGUUUUCUCUGGCAUUUUGCUGUACAGAAAGCAAGCUCACAGCUUACACUUUGACCGCAGCUAUAGGCUUAUGCAAGUAUGUCUACAUACCAGAUGGCACUAUUAUUAUUGUAAACGAACGGAUUUUUGAUAUAAAUAUAUAAUUUAAGUUCGAUAAAGGAAUAUUUGUACUGUGCUUCGAAACGAGUGUUGAGAGUUGCCCUUAAUGUGCUCUUUAGUUUAUUUGAUGUUUGACGGAGUGCGUUUUAAGCGAAUAAACACCUAUUAUUAUGAUUAUAUGAUAACGAAUUACCAACCAACCUAAUGCUUAACACGUUUCAUAGAAAACAAAACAAAUUUACUAUAAAAACAAAACAUUUGCCUAAAUGUCUCAAAGCUGAAGACAAUUAAAACAAACUUAUAUUAUAUUAUGGUAAUUUCCUACUAUGUAAAUUAAAUUAAUUUUUGCAUCGCUGGUUACUUCAUGCAAACAUGCACGCAUCCAUAAUUAAAAAUGUAUCUCCAUAUAAACUAACGAUAUUAGGCCUCGGCUGCACAUGCAACGUUUGCGGCGGCGACUGCAAUUUAAUAAUAUGAAGUUCGGUCCUCGCACUUUGAAAUUUGAAAUUGUCAAUAAUUUAGCUGUUUGCUUCUUAUACUGUUUGCAAACCUUCUUCUGAUUACCAACACGAUUAUAGGCGAAAAAAACAAACGGAAGGAAACAUUUGUGACACGUGUAAAAAGUUUCAAACCGAUGCUAUAUCACAAUGUGCUAUAAAUUAUGACUACUAAUAUUUAGAUUGGUUCAGUGUGCUGUGUAAAACCUUUUUGUCAUCAGCAAAGCGAAAUAGUUGCACGUUCCAUCGUUUUCAACUACAUAGCUAUAUGCAUACACAAAUGUAAUGAGAGUUGCCAAUAUAAAGUAUUUUAAACAAUAACAAAACGCUAAAACGAAACAUUUUAAGCCUAUUUUUUUAUCUCUAUAUAUAUAUAUCGAAGCAAAUACAUUUAUACAUUUUCCUAAUAUCCACCAAACUAAGAAACACGACGACGAUGCCUCAAGGAAACAACACAUCAAAAAUAACUUUUGAUAGGCCAUAGUUUACAUAAGCCGCAAUUUAUAUUGGGCAGCAGCUGGACACACGACAGUUUUGUACUUUUUGAGCAUAUUUGCAGACGUUGGCGAACAUUUCUCGGCCCAGAACCAGUAGUUGCCGCAUAUUUAAACUUAAAUUCUAAUCGUAACAAUAAAGCAGGCAAAUGACAAGGUUUAGAUAAUAACUAAAAAGCAAAUACACAAAUGAAGCAUUGCAUACGGUAUGUUAAGUUGAGGACGUAGUUUAAGCAACAAACUGAUUUAUCUAAUAAACUAUGAUAUAUAAA